AUGAGUAGCGAGAGAUUCAUCAGAACCCAACUCGAGAAAUCAAGCAAUGACCCAACUGCUGCCCAUUGGAAAGUUAUGGUCAACUGUGAGUCAAAAAAUUCAGUAUUUGGAUUGAAGCAAUGCUCUGUGCGCUCCUACUUGGAUGACCCCGACGUCGAUCCUUUCCCUAUCAACGGUCCAACCAAUCAUCAUCUGACGACAGAUGCUUAUGUCGUCGGCAACUGCGACGGGCUGAUUUGCAUUCUCAAGAAACCAGGGAGCCUUUUCUUGUGGAACCCAGCCACUAGAAUCUCCAUCGAAUUACCCAAAUUAGACCUUGAAAUUAAAAAAUAUGGGUUCGGCCGCGACGAACAAUGUGGUGCAUACAAGGUGUUUGUUGUUGGGUCGAGGUAUGAAGAGGAAGAGGAAGAGGAAGAGGAAGAGGAAGAGUAUGAGUAUGAGUAUGAGUAUGAUCAUCCUUCCACAUCAACUGCUUAG